UGAAUAUAAAAGGUACGCUCCGUAAAACACAAACGCAAAAGCCGAACUUAAAACUCAAACUGCUUUCUCUCAAACUAUGCUUCAUCUUCUUCUCACUUCUCUCUGACACUCUCACAAAAUAAUUCCCAACAAUUCGUCAUUGUUUUCGGUUAUUGCUAAUCCUCACCAACAUUCUUCCUUGCUUCUCUUAUGUUUUGAUUAAAGUUGGAAUUUAGUUGAUAGCUGUGCCACCUUUAAUUGGAAAGAUGGGUAGCACAUUCAAUCCGCAGAUUUUAGUGGAAAAACUAGCCAAGCUGAAUGGCUCGCAGACAAGCAUAGAGACUUUGUCACAUUGGUGCAUAUUUCAUAUGAACAAAGCCAAACAAGUUGUCGAAACGUGGGCUAAACAGUUCCAUUGCUCUCCUCAUGAAAAGAAAUUGACAUUUCUGUUUCUUGCAAAUGAUAUUUUACAAAACAGCAGGAGAAAGGGAUCUGAAUUUGUUGGUGAAUUUUGGAAGGUUCUUCCAGAUUGUCUUCGAGAUGUCACUCAAAAUGGAGACGAGUAUGCAAGAAAUCAAGCAUUUCGACUGAUUGGUAUAUGGGAAGAAAGAAAAGUUUUUGGUUCUCGUGGUCAAAUUCUAAAGGAAGAAUUUAUUGGGAAACAUGAUUUGAAACCUUUGAAUGCCAAACCUACGAAUGUGAAACCUAUGAACGUGAAACUGAGGCCGUCUGCUGGGAAUGCAUUGGAUAAAAUAGUUUCAGGCUAUCAUCAUAUUUAUGCAGGGCAGACUGAUGAAGAUGUUGUAUUAAGCAAAUGCAGGAAUGCCAUUAGCUCUCUUGAGAAAGCAGAUAAGGAAAUAGUUCAUGGUAGUAAUUCAGGGAAAUUUCAUGGACCUGCAGUUGUGAAUGAGCUCCAGGGGCAUAAUGCAAUACUAAAGGACUGUAUUGAGCAGUUAACAACACUAGAAUCAUCAAGAGCUGGCCUUGUGUCUCAUCUGAGAGAGGCUCUUCAGGAUCAGGAAUUCAAGCUGGGUCAAGUUCGUAGCCAGAUCCAGGCUGCAAGUGCUCAGUGGGAACAUGCGAACAAUACCUGCCAACAAUUACUGAACGGCAACAAUAUUCAGUCAGUAGUUGAACAGAGCUCAAAGGAAAUUCAGACCUCCAUGACACCUGCAAGUUUUAUUUCUGGCGACAGGGAGCUAUCAGCCCCAUUAAUGUAUGCACCACAAAUUCCGUUUCAUCAAAAUUCUGGACACGGUGAGGAAGAUCCACGCAAGUCUGCAGCCGCCGCAGUGGCAGCAAAGCUGACUGCAUCCACAUCCUCCGCCCAGAUGCUGUCUUAUGUGCUAUCCUCUUUAGCAUCAGAAGGUGUCAUAGGCAAUCCGAUGACAGAGUCUUCUGCUGAUUAUCACUCCGAGAAGAGGACUAAGCUUGAGAAUGAUGGGCCAUCGUAUGUGCCAUCUCAUGUGCCAUCUCAGAAUCCUCAACCACCACUUCCUCCCUUUUCGCUUUCUGAACCUACCCAACACUAUGCAUCUUCAUCCAACCAGCAAUCUAUUCCAAAUGAGCCACCACCCCCACCCUCAUCAUCACCUCCCCCACUACCCCCACCGCCACCAAUGCCUCAACAAUACCCUGUGCCGCAGUUCAUGCAGACUGUUGGACCUGUUAACAAUAUGGCAUAUAGCUAUGGCGUGAUUCAACAGCCGUCAAUGGCAGCCUAUCCUGCAGUUGGGAUUUCCAUGAACAAUGUAUCACCUUAUACACCUCCAAUGAACCCAUAUCAGGGUUUUCAGGGUUCGGAUGGAAACUAUUACAACCCGUCUUCCUCAAUGCCUAUGGUCCCCAUCUCGCGCCAAUAAAAUUCCUAAUUCUGAGUCCUAGACCAUCCCUCUGAGGCAAACAAAGGUGACUUAGAACAACCGCUGUAUCUCUACACAUGACAUUGCUAUUGGAAACUGAUUCUUACUAUAUAAUCAGAUGUGCAUAUGGUAAAUGUUUUAUAACCUGUAGUUGAUGGGUUAAAAUAACUUAAUUCUGUGUUACCUUUGAGGAAAAUGGUUUUGUUGAAUAGGGUUAUAUUUAUCUUUUCAAGAUUGUAAAACUUAGCAGAUAUUGUUGCCUUAGAGGCUUUCUAGAAGUCUGUAUUUUUAGUGUUGUAGACAGGUCUUCAGUUGGUUCUGAAUCCGUUACUGAUGUAUGUUUUCAUCAGUGGUACUGGCCAGCUAGCAUAUCUUCAAAAGAUUUGCAUUUUCCCUUACAGGUGCCUUGUGGGCAGAGUUAUGUGUACAGACCAGGGUCAAGUUAGUUUGAAACAUUUUUUAUUUAUUUAUAUUAUACUUGACAUUUUGUUAAGAUAUUUCA